AUGGAAAGGAGAUGCUGGGCAGGGCGACGCGUUGCUGUGGCUCUGUUUUGUGCCUGGAGUGUAGCCCUCCUAGCCAAGGCAGAAAGGCAGUUUGUCAAUGAAUGGGCAGCAGAGAUCCCGGGAGGUCCGGAAGCAGCAAAGGCAAUAGCAGAUGAACUGGAGUAUGAGUUGCUGGGGCAGAUUGGAUCACUUCAAAAUCAUUAUCUAUUUAGACAUAAGAGCCAUCCUACAAGGUCUCGACGAAGUGCAACUCACAUUACUAAAAGGCUCUCAGAUGAUCAGCGUGUGUCUUGGGCAGAACAGCAGUAUGAAAAGAAACGAAGUAAGCGUUCAAUGAUCAGAGACUCGGCAAAAAAACUUUUCAAUGAUCCAAUGUGGAAUCAACAAUGGUAUCUGCAAGACACAAGAAUGACUCCGUCUCUGCCCAAACUGGAUCUGCAUGUUCUUCCGGUGUGGCAAAAAGGGAUUACAGGCAAAGGGGUUGUCAUAACUGUUCUUGAUGAUGGCUUGGAGUGGAAUCACACAGACAUUUAUUUUAACUAUGAUCCUGAGGCAAGUUAUGAUUUCAAUGACAAUGAUCAUGAUCCAUUUCCUAGAUAUGAUCCAACAAAUGAAAACAAACACGGAACACGAUGUGCAGGAGAAAUUGCCAUGCAAGCGAACAACCUAAAAUGUGGAGUGGGAGUUGCAUACAAUUCCAAAGUUGGGGGCAUAAGAAUGCUGGAUGGAAUUGUCACAGAUGCCAUAGAAGCGAGUUCAAUUGGUUUCAGUCCAGAUCACGUGGAUAUUUAUAGUGCCAGCUGGGGCCCAAAUGAUGAUGGGAAAACUGUCGAGGGUCCGGGCAGGCUGGCGCAGAAGGCUUUUGAAUACGGGAUCAAAAAGGGUCGAAAGGGCAAAGGCUCCAUCUUCGUCUGGGCUUCUGGGAACGGUGGCCGCCAAGGCGAUAACUGCGACUGCGAUGGCUACACAGAUAGCAUCUACACUGUCUCCAUCAGCAGUGCCUCCCAGCAAGGCCUUUCUCCCUGGUAUGCAGAGAAGUGCUCUUCAACACUGGCCACAGCAUACAGCAGUGGGGAUUACACUGACCAGAAAAUUAUUAGUGCUGAUCUUCAUGAUGAAUGCACAUCUACUCACACUGGGACCUCAGCUUCUGCCCCCCUGGCUGCAGGAAUUUUUGCUCUUGCCCUCGAAGCCAAUCCUAAUCUAACCUGGAGGGAUAUGCAACACUUGGUAGUCUGGACAUCUGAAUUCGAUCCAUUGGCCAACAAUCAAGGAUGGAAGAAAAAUGGAGCUGGGAUGAUGGUGAACAGCAGAUUUGGAUUUGGAUUACUCAAUGCUAAAGCACUGGUAGAUUUGGCUGACCCUAAAACCUGGAAAGGAGUACCAGAAAAGAAAGAGUGCAUUGUUAAGGACAGCAGCUUUGAGCCAAGGUUGUUAAGAGCUAAUGGUGAAGUUACCAUUGAAAUUCCCACAACAGCUUGUGAAGGUCAAGAAAAUGCCAUUAAAUCCUUGGAACAUGUGCAGUUCAAAGCAACGAUUGAAUAUUCCCGCAGAGGUGAUCUACAUGUGACCCUAACUUCUCCAUUAGGGACCAACACAGUCUUACUGGCUGAGCGGCAAAGGGAUAAGUCACCCAAUGGCUUUAAAGACUGGGACUUUAUGUCAGUUCACACCUGGGGAGAGGAUCCAUCAGGAACAUGGACUUUAAAAGUUCUUGAUAUGUCUAGAAGAAUACAAAACGAAGGAAGAAUUGUGAACUGGAAAUUGAUUUUACAUGGCACUUCAACCCGGCCCGAACACAUGAAGCAGCCUCGUGUCUAUACAUUGUAUAAUACUGUCCAGAAUGAUAGGAGAGGUGUGGAGAAGAUGGCAGACUUUGUGGAGGACCACACCACACAGGAGAACCUGAGUGGAAAAAACAAGCUGACCGAAAGUACCAGCAGCACUGAGAAAAUACCGAAGACGGCCACCUCAGACGCAAUGCUCCGUCUACUGCAAAACGCAUUCCGUGGUCAGAGGGCUGGGAAUCCAGUUCCAAAGAAGAUGCUAAAUGAGAACUCAAAUAUCCCGUAUGAACAUUUCUACCAAGCUCUUGAGAAACUAAACCGAGCCUCCCAGUUGAGAGACUCUGAGGAGUCUCUGUAUAGUGACUAUGCUGACGUUUUUUACAAUUCUAAACCAUACAAACAUAGAGAUGACAGACUAGUGCAAGGCUUGGUUAAUAUUCUGAAUGACAAUUAAAAGAUAUAGAGGAAAGCACUAGGUUGGAAAUAUUCCCACACUCUAUCCCAACGUUACUCCCUGUUUCAGACUUAACUCCCACUUAUUCUGACAAAUUUUCAUGAACACAUCUUUUAUUGCUUUAUACUUAUUAGCUACCUAAAGAAUAAGGGAAACAGAAAAGGCAUUUUGUGAAACGUGUUGUAAAACGGUCACUUUAAUCAAAUAUUCAUAAUCCCCUGAGAAUAGCAGGCCCUGUCUGAAAAGGUAAUGCUUUUUGGAAACUCAUAUAGGCUUCUUGUAUGGUC